UUUCUUUCACUUCCGUCUAUUCUGUUAACUUCCUCUUACCCAUGAAACCUGAACCUGCUCUUCCUUAAUGUGUCUUUCUUGUCCGUUGUCACUCAAUUCCCUUAAUUUAUCCUUCCCCCCUCUCCCUCUGUACAUAUCUUUGUUUAUUCUACCACCUUUCCAUUAUCCUCUUCCUCUCUGUCCCUCUCUGUCUCAUCUUCCUCCCCCUGGUUCCUCCUCGCCUCCCUCGCUCGUUUGUCUCCAGGAUGAUGAAGACGAUCACCCGCCUCCACAGGGCCAUGAUGGUGCUGGAGUAUUUCACCAGUCACUCCUGGGUGUGGAACACCGACAACGUGGCCAUGCUGUUGGCACAGAUGAGCCCCGAGGAUAAGAAGGUGUUUAAUUUUGACGUGCGGCAGCUGCAUUGGGCGGAGUACAUGGAGAAUUACUGCAUGGGCACCAAGAAAUACGUCCUGAAUGAAGAGCUGUCGGGUCUUCCUGCUGCGCGCAAACAUCUUAACAAGCUCAGGAACAUCCGCUACACCUUCAACACCGUCCUGGUGGUGCUCAUCUGGCGCGUGUUCAUCGCCCGCUCCCAGAUGGCCCGAAACAUCUGGUACUUCGUGGUGAGCCUCUGCUUCAAAUUCCUCUCCUACUUCAGAGCCUCCUCCACCAUGAGAUAGUGAGCCGGGGGGGGGGGGGGGGACGCGUCGAUGACGGCUGGCGAGGCGGGGGGACGAAGACGAGGAGAAAACCCUGGAGCUCAGCCCUACAAAUGGUUCCGCGCUGUGUUUCCUCAAACACUCUAAAGAUUAAAUGGAUGCAUUAAAACACAAAGGACACAGACGGAGCCACUGGACGAGCCUCUGAUAUCUCAGAUAAUCUCUUCAGAGAGCAUGGAUUUAUCUCACAAUGUUGCAGACUAACAGCACUUGGACUAGUUUAAGAAUCAGGACCACACUCUCUAAUCCUCUUCACACUCACACUCUCUGGUGCCAGCUUUACUCUGGAGCACUUCCUGUAUCCCUGCUCCGUGUCGUCUGCGCGCUCGCCUGGCUGCAAAAUGAAGCUAUGCAUUGGAUGAUGCUCUGCUGCAAGAAUCCUCCGCUGGUUUCGAGUCGGCCCAGACAUUGUUCCUGUACUGUAGGUUUUUUUUUAUCUAAAUGUAGUCUAACCCGCUUCACCUGCUGUGUGGUUCAAACUCCCUUAUUUUAUCUGCCUGUACGUUCGUGUGAGGGUCUCGUCAGUUUAACGGAAAUGUUUAAAAAUAAAUUGUUUAAAAAAAUUUUCAAAAAAAUGUGUCAGAGCGACAGGCGCGGAAUUAAGAGCUUGGGUUCUGGGGGGUGUUGAAGAUGACGGAUGAUUCUGAACUAACCCGGUGAAUGUUUGUUCGGGCUUAGCAAUCAUAGAUAAAUCUGUCCUUUCACCCCAUGUUCAUCAUCACAGUGCCCCCUCAGGAGAACCGAGACAUUUGUAGAUGUUUUGGCUCUCGUUGGCUCAGACGCUCCUCUUAUCAACAGUUGUCUUCGGUCGUCCUGCCCUCGUCCUUCGCUUUGCAAAGACUCAACAUUACCGUGCUCCUAAAGUGACCAGUUCCCUUAUUUCAACAUUGCAGAUUGUGACACGAUGGUCGGUGCCUACAGAUCUUGCAGAUGAAGCUAAGCGACUUGUUUCGACAUAGUUUCGUGUGUGAAAGUUAUUUGUGACGACUCUUUUUCUCGCCAAAGACUCGCGGCUCGGUUGAGGAGGAGACUGGCGGAGUCGAGAGGAGGAAUCUCGUCAUGUUCGGCUCCUUUUUUUGAACUUCCAUCAUCUCAAGUCGCAGCCGGAACACAUUCAUGUCGACUACUUCUUUCUUAGUAAGCUACAUUUCACAUAGCUCUGUCUGUAGCGUGUCGUCUUUGUGAACGGUUCAUUUGAAAUGAUGGAUCAUUUGUAAAGGGAGGCGGCAGGAGCAGGUUUUUCAGGAUCCAUCAUCUUUCUGUUGCCUUCUUGCUAAAUAAACUCUUUCAGAAAAGAACCUGAGCUGAAACUAAAGCAUCAUUCAUCUCCGUGUUCCGACGGGAAUCACUCUUCAAUGCCAUAUGACGUCUUAAGUGAGCACACCUGAGGUUUACCUGUGCCCAUAUUUCUAUUUCCCACACACACACACACACACACACACACAAUGGGGGGGGCACAUCAGCUGGUGGUUUGUCGUCGUCACUCUUGUCUUCACUCACCUCCUGUGUCUUGUCCUGGGGUCUUUUAAUGAAUGUGACUCUUCACUCUCAGCAGCAUGAAGCACUUUCACGCGGGCUCAUGUGACGUGUGCAUGCGAGAAUUGUGCCUGAACUUUUGUCAAUAGUCUAACAAUGUGAAAAGAGCAAUCAGAUCUAUGUUUUCUAAUUAUUUUGUGUACAGCUCUAUUUAGGUAGACUUCAGAAAUCAAGAUGUAUAACUGAUGUAUUUUUGUGCUAACGACAUUGUGGCUGUUUUACUGACGAAGCAACCGCAGCUGCUGUAAAUAACGACACGUGUGAACAUGAGCGCAGAAUGUUCAGAGCUGGUUUUAAUAACCGUUUUUAAAAAAUGCUUGUUCCUGUAAACGUGCGCGUUCUUUCUUUCUGUCUGAAUGUAGAACAACACGGCCUGAACUAUCUGCACAUGAUCUUCCUCUGACUCACGAAACAACAACUUAUCAAACUGUAAUUGCCUGUAUUUGAGGCUGUGCGAUGAAUCCUCGCUGUUGUGACUCAUUUUCGUCGUGACGGUGUGUGUGUGUGUGUGCGGGUCGGUCUUUGUGGCGUUGAACGUUGUUGUGACGCUUUCACGUGGCGCGUCUAAUUCGUGGUUUUUUUUUUUCCCGUUGAGCUCGUCUCUGUGAUUUGAAACUGAUCCUUUUUUCCGUGUUCUUGAUUUCGAUGUCUGGCAAAUACCGAUGGUUUGUUCAUCAGUCAGGUCGUCACACUGAAAUGACUUCAGCGUUAACUCGGCUUGGAAUGAUUCACAUUGAUCCUUUCAUUCAGAGGAAACAGGUUUUAAAGGAAUAGUUUUGGGACGUUGGGGAAAAUGAAAAUUAGCUUCUUUGCUGAGUGUUGGAGGAGAAAAUCGACAUCACUCAUGUUCGUGCAGUGAAUUUAAAGCUGUAGCCGGAAGUUGGUGUAGCAUAAAGGCUGGAAACAAGUGGUAGCAACUAGCUUAGCUCAGAAAUAAAUAUAACCUUCUUACCCACUAACUCAACAUCCGGGGAAAUGAAUUCACUGAGACUGAGACAUACUCACGUUUAGCAAAUCAACCUCUGUUUCACUUUUAUACAAAUUAAAGACGGUGACGUGCGUGUGAGCUUCAGAGGUGCUUGAUUGGUCGAUUUCGUUAGCUUUAGCACUCAGCGAGGCUAACUGUUUCCCUCUGUUUCCAGUCUUAAUGCUAAGCUAACAGUUUGUUGGCUCCGUUUACAUUUAUUGUGCAGAGACGCGAGCGGCGUCAGUCUUCUUGUUUCACAUUUCGGGGGAUACAAGCCGAAAGAGAUUAACACUGAAAAUCUUCUGCUUCAUCUCGACACUGUAUUUCUUGUUUUAAUCAGAAAACACGUUCACGAUAAAACUUAUAGGAAAAAAAGAAAGUUUGAGAAAAGCUGUUUUCGGGGUCUUUAACGAAACUCGUCGUCUUUUUAAUGCUGGAUCACAGCUUUUUUGAAAACCUCAUAUAUUUGACAAGUUACUGUUUUUUGUAUAUAUCUAUAUUUUUCCCAUCAGGCUUUUGUUGGAACUAAUUGCUGUUUUUGUUACAAUCAUUUAAAAAGAUAAUUAAUGAACGGUUGUUUUCACGGAGUAGAAAAGUUACCCGUCUGUUUCGGACCUGUGCAUCAACAACACCAGAGUGUGAGCGGUGGCUUUGUUUAUUUAUUAUCACUAUUUUUUUACUUUCCCAGCUUCUUCUCUUCGUUGCUUCUUCGUACAUGGCUGACACAUCGUUUUUCUGUUCAGGCUGAGGUUGUGAUUGAUUUCAGAAUUUUUUUUUUAAAUGUGUGGCUCACGUGGUUCUGAACGUCGACUCUUCGUUUCAUCGCAGCGUAAAAAAAAAAAACACGUCAGGCCACAAUGUCGAGUUUCUCGCCACAGUCAAGUGUCCGUGUGAAACUCAAAAAAAAAAAACAAGACAAUAAAUCAAUGGUGCCUUUUGUUUGUAAACCAAAAAGAAGGAAUAAACAGAUUAAUCCUCU